CCGAGAGCGUUGCCGGGCAAAUCAGGAGGUCAACACCUACGUCAAGGAUCCUGACACCAGGGUGACGGCAAUUCUGGGCCUGCGCGAGCUUACACACAGAGGAGAAAAUCAUGUGCAGAAACUGGUGGAAGACCUGAAGACCGACUCGGGCAAGACCGAGAUCAAUCUUCAGCACAAGUACAUCAGGGAUGCCCAAGUCCAGGUGCUCUCAGAAGCGCUGAAGAUCCACAAGAACAUCACCCACCUUUUCCUUGGGGGCAAUAAGAUUCAAGAUGAUGGUGCGCAGGCAUUGGCUCAGGUUCUGAAGCAGAACCGUAGCAUUACGCUCAUCGACCUUCUGGAGAACGAAAUCUGCGAUGCUGGCGCAGAGGCGCUGGCCGAGGCGGUGCAGGAGAACGACACAAUCCAUAGCAUCAUCCUUUUUGGAAAUCCCUGCGCCGGGAGCCAGGCCUUUCGGCGAAUUCAUGCACGUUGCAGUUCAAACUACCAAGCUGCCGUGCAGGCAAAGGCAGCUGCUGCAGUUAAGGCAGUUGUAGAAGAUCUGAAGACCGACGGAGCCAAGAGGGAGAUUGAUCUUCAGGGUCGAUGCAUCGAGGAUGCCCAAGUCCAGGUGCUCUCAGAAGAGCUCAAGAUCAAGCUUAGUAUCACCCACAUCGACCUCAGCAAGAAUCGAAUUAAAGAUGCCGGGGCGGAGGCGUUGGCACAGGUGCUGAAGGAGAACCGCAGCAUCACGUCCAUCGAUCUGGGCGAAAAUCCCAUCGGCCAGGUCGGCGCCCAGGCGCUGGCCGAGGCCGUGCAGGAGAACGACGCCCUUCUGCGCCUCCACCUGGGCCCCCUGACCGAGUCGGACGGACGGGAGGUUGGUCCCUGGACCGAGGCGCUGGAGCGAAUUGAGGAGCGUUGCAGGGCCAAUCGAGAGGCAAAGGCAGCUGGAGUUGAGGAUGGAUGAGCCCAGCAGGACGGAUGAAGCAGACACGUCGGACACGCCAGAGCUUCUUCUACACCACGUGGGUGGGGCGCCGCUUUCAGGACUUCAUGGUCACUUCUGAACAAGCUCGACAUGCAGUUUCACCUGGUUUCACCAGGAGACCAAGUAGGCUUCCACCGUGCACAAGCUUGUGAAAAGACGGGUGGUAUUUCCCAUGCUCGCGAACGGCCCACUAGUACUUUGAUGUACUUUGUAAAGCAAAACUGGUCAAACCCUGAAGUCCGUCCCAUUCCAUGUGCAAGUGAGGAAUCUGUUGUGUAUUGUGUUGUCUUGUCUUCUGAAAACCGGAUCGACCACCUGACCAUCAAUCCGCCUUGUGGUUUGCGCCGCUGCCCUCGGCCCAGGUCGGUUCCGAGCGCCGCGAGGGCGGUC